AUGGAGUUCUAUUCUCAAGAUGCAGCCAGCGCCGCUGACGCCGCCGCUUGCACGUCGCUUUUCGCGGGCCACACGGUGCUUCUGCCAGCGGUCUCUAACGCGAACCUGGGCCAAUUGACGCUGGACCUGAUGAUCAACACGCUGCUACAGAAUGGUGGAGCUUUUGACGUGGAGCUCACACGCGUUGGCCACCUGCUCAGCGAGGCGGCUCCUCCCAUUGCCGGUGGUGCUGCCUUCGCUACACAACAGCCGAAUACUCUGUGUCUCAAUCUGGAGGUGUAUCAGAGCAAGGCGAGGAAGCUCACAAUUAUCCAGCAACGAGCUCCCGUGCUGCCGGGACGAGCUCAUGCGUUCUCUCAAGAGUUGGUGGAGUGGGCGAUUAAGAGUAAGGUGGCGACGCUUGGUGUAGUAGCCGGGUGUGAUGACAUGCUGCGCCACGAUCCCAACAUGAUGAGUCGCCCCAUUCGCACGAUUUACUCGGCUGACGCUACGCAACUGGAUGAAGCAUUCUUGACUCGUUUCGAGGGGCUGACAACCAAUACUGAAGGUGGCCAAGAAGCGACCGAGACUUCUGCUUCCUCAUCUGCUGAUCAGUGGAAGCCGAUCCGCGGUGCCGGUCUUGCCCCACUGCUGCAUGCGGAGUGCGAUGAGCAGAAGUUGCCGUUCAUCGCUUGGGUCAUGCCGUGUGCUGAGGGCAACAACGUGCCGGACGCUGCUGCCAUGACGACGCAGCUUUUCCGCUCUCUGCGUAUCACACCCAAGCAGACUCCUGACCCCGUUGCGAUGCCUAGCUCAAUGCCGCAGAUGCUUCCAUUCGCGUUCCCACCUUCGUGGAACCAGCUCUUCGGGCGAGGCCCUGAUGUGUCGCUGUACCUCUAA